AUUUGCUGAUCGAUCAACUCAUCAACCCGUGCAGCAAUCCAUCCAUCCAUAGCCGAUCUCAGCUUUUCCAUUCGCAUUUCUGCUUAAUUAGCUUAGCAAGCAACGAAUUAACUGCAAGAGAGAGCGAUGCCGUCGCUGACGACGGGGAGGUCGCCGUGGCGGAGGAGGAAGAGGGGGACGGCGACGACGGCGAGGAGGAGGAGGACGCCGACGUCGCUCCGGGCGCUGUGGCGCCGGAUAGUGCCCAGGACGUCGACGACGACGGCGCCGCGCGUGCGCACGAGGAAGCCCGGGCUGCUGUCGCGCGCGUUACGGGUGCUCUCCUGCGGCGGCGGGAGGAGGUCGCGCGCCGCACGGCGGUCGUGAUCAUGAUAUCAUCGUCGCCGGCGCCGGCGAGGUUAACUGCUCCUCUAGUCGCUUGCGAUACUACGUGGAGUACGUGAGACUAGUGGUGACUGUGCCGUGUGUGUAUAAUUUACUGCAGUAACAAGUGUGUUCUGUGUUCUGCUUUGCUUUACCGGGAGCAAUUACGUGUUGUAUGUUGUACACUACUAUCUUCUUGUUUAAUAUGUGUAUGUUGUACUAUUUCAUCAAGUGACAACUAUAUGAAACCAGUUUGUUUUCUCUACA